GAGUCCAAAAAAAAAACCUAAACAAAAAAAAAAAAAAAUGCUCUCGUUGAACGCUAGAUGCUGACAGAGAUGUUUAACGUGACCGGGGCGUUCUUAACAGAUGAAUCGAGUCAGGACGUGAACUUGGUGAAGUCGACGGAAAGAUCGACAUGGCCGUUGCGUCGCUGCUUUAAAAGCAUGCUUUUUUUUUAGUUGCAAUGGCGGAAUCGAGACUGACAGAUGAUGAUGAUGUUUGACGCGACAGUUGCGCGUUUAAUGCGUUGGUGGUUUUAAUGCAACGCACUAAAAUGGUUUGACGCGACAGCUGCGUUAACGCGUUGACGGUGUAAAGAUGUUCCCUGAAGGACCGGAGCGCCGGGGUGUUUCUAUCGGGCUCUCAUCCCGACGGCACCCAUUCACUUCCACAGACAUCUCUCCAGAUCCGGGAUGAACCCGAGGCGUGUUGCUGCUGCUUCAGACGGGUCGGUCUAACCCGGUUACCUCCAGUAAACCCUGCUGAGAGCGGGUCACUUCAGGACGCGGCAGACUCCAGAGAUGGCCGGAAAUCCGCUCGAGCAGCGAGACGCUCGGCUUUCUCCUUCCAGACCUCUGCUUCAGACGCGUAGCGUAGCAACCGUCGUCAAGGUCCGCUCAGGAUUAUCCUGCUCAGAAGAGGACGUCGUCGUCCCCGAGCAGACGAACGGGCUCUCCUCAGUGUGUGGCCCUCAGACAGGUAACCUUCAUCUCCGCUGGCUCCGAACACAAGACCAGAUGAAGAAGCGUUACGUUAAGGUGCUGCCGGGGUCCUCGUCGGACAUCCCUUCGACACGGUUAAGGUCCGUCUUCAGGUCCAGAGCGUGGAUAAUCCACUUUACAGAGGGACUUUCCACUGUUUCCAGUCCAUCGUGCGUCAAGAGUCAAUGUUUGGCCUUUAUAAAGGUAUUGGGUCACCCAUGAUGGGCCUGACGUUCAUCAACGCCAUCGUCUUUGGUGUUCAGGGCAACGCAAUGCGCAAGUUGGGCGAGGACACGCCCAUAAACCAGUUCCUAGCCGGAGCGGCGGCCGGCGCCAUCCAGUGCGUGAUCUGCUGCCCGAUGGAACUGGCCAAGACCCGGAUGCAGAUGCAAGGAACGGGCGAGAAGAAGUCGUCCUCUCGGAAGGUCUACAAAAACUCGCUGGACUGCCUGGCUCGCAUUUACCAGCGCGAGGGUUUGCGCGGGGUUAACCGAGGGAUGUUGACGACUCUCAUCCGAGAGACGCCGGGAUUUGGCGUUUAUUUCCUGGCGUACGACCUCCUGACGCGAUCGCUGGGGUGCGAGCCGGAGGACCCGUACUUGAUCCCCAAGCUGCUGUUCGCUGGAGGCAUGUCGGGAAUCGCGUCUUGGCUUUCGACGUAUCCGGUGGACGUGAUAAAAUCCCGCCUCCAAGCCGACGGCGUCGGAGGAAAGUACCAGUACAGCAGCAUCAUGGACUGCACGAGAAAGAGCAUCCAGCGUGAAGGUUGGCGGGUUUUCACACGCGGACUUACUUCCACUCUUCUACGCGCUUUUCCGGUCAACGCAGCCACUUUCGCAACGGUAACGCUCUUCCUUUUGUACAUACGCCCGGACGAGGGAUCGAAGGAUUGCGAAGCGGCUCCAGCUUCGCAUCAAGCGGCGUUGCAGCAGCAAGCGCAACCGUCCAGUCUGUGAGUAACCCCGAAAUACUGGGAUAGCGACUAGCGUAGCACUUCCCGAAAUAAUGGCUGACCUGUUACUAAACGAACAGUUGCUGCGCAUCGAGCACAUCUGUCCACUGUAAACAGAAUUGCACAACCUUUCUAUCCAUACAAUGACUUGAGCUCCGCAUCUGUAAAUAUAUAUAAUAUAUAUAUUUUUUAUAUUUAAUGAUAUUUAACGAAGACGUUCCCUGUGUCUGCCUUACGAGAGCUGAGCGAAUCCGACCUCUGGUAAAACUUGAUUUGACCUUGCAAAUUAUUGCUACACUGAAAAGAUUCCAGUGUCUAAACAAAUGCUCAAGUUUAGUUAGGGUGGACACCAGUUGAUGCAAAUGAAAAGAAGGUUUCAGGUCAUUUGUGUUUUUCGCUGGAAAGUUUUGGGAAAAUAGUUACCAAGGACUUUCCCAGCCUCAUUUUUGUUUGCAUCAAACUUAGCAUGGCCUCUAGCCUGACUAAGUUAAUAUCCCAGACACAAGAUUAAAUUUGUACUCUCAACCCCACCCAGUCAUAAACAAAUACGGUUUUGGCAAUGGGGAAUUUAGUCUUUGUUACUGUGAUGUUUUUAAUCUGAGGAGUGAGAACCUUUUAAUGGAAGCUGCUGGUGACAUUGUGUACAAGGUCGCAAUAUCUUGGCCAACUGUAAAAGUUGUGCAAUCAAUAUGGUAGACGCCAAAUUACGUUUGCUGAAAUUUCUAAAUCACUGAGGAGCUAUUGAUGUUGUCUUUCAUUUGGUUCCUGGUGUACUGAAAAGAGAAUAAACCAAAGGUUUUUGCCAGAUAAAUCAAAUUCUGUCCCCCUUGUUUUAUGGUGUAUUAUCUCCAAAAUGAAUGCAAUAUUUGCAUGUUCUCUGUAACUUAUUAAAGUGUUUGGAUACAGAUUGUAUCUGGUCCACUGUAAUAAUAUCUAAACUGCUGUUAAAUGACCUGCUGUGUUUAAGUAACGUGUUUUGAUUUACAGAAGCAUGCGGGUUGUCUUCAAGAUCAAUAUAUUUUAUGCGUGUAUAUAUAUCAAGGCUUGAAUUUUAGAUGGAUGUGUAAAUAGAGUUCCAUGUGGUUGAUUUCCGAGUGCUGAAUGUAGGAGACUAAAACAUGCACUUGGGAAAGCAGUAGACAGAAGAGGUUUGCAAGGCUUUUAAAGAAUGUGCUGCUCAUUUUGUAACGGUUAUGGAUUGUACGUUGAAUUGAAUGUAAAUAUGUAGUAUUCCAUUAAAAAGGGAAGUUUAGACAUAUGCAUUGAAAACAAAAAUGUUUUGUGUGAUAUCUGUGAGAAAUGUAAAUAGUGUAUGUUACAGAGUUAGAUCGGUUUCAAAAGUACUAAAUUGGUUUUAAUUUGAAUAGUUUUAGUUUUCUUUCUUUUUCAGAUUUGUUGUUACUGCCGUUGCCGAACGGAUGGAUCAGUAUUGAAUCUGAUUAAAUGUCUGUCCUAUUUUUGUAUGAAAAAGAUUAGUUCUGCUCUGCUCCCAUUUGAAAAGUGAUUGGCCUCAACCAAUUCAUAAAUUGCUUUUGGUCGGCUAAAGUAUGUGAAAAUAAAUGGGAUAAAUUAUA